UGCAGUAGUGAAAGAUGAAGAAACUAGCGGCUCUAUCUAACCAUUCUGUACCCAUCGUAAGAGAAUACGUAGAAUCUGAUAUUAUUCCAGAUAUUCUUCCGGAAUUUAAUCGUCAAAAAAGUUGUGUUUUCUGUGAUAUUGCUCAUGGAGAUGAUCUGAACACAGAUCUUUUAUACAAGGAUGACAACUUCGUCGCCUUUCGUAACAUCACUCCUGCCGCCACCCACCAUUACCUCAUCAUACCGAAGGAUCACAUCAAAGACGCCGUCAAUCUCCGUCCUCAUCACAUCCCCAUGCUUCAACAAAUGGAAACUAUUGCCUAUGAAAUUCUAAAGCAGCAAGGGGCCGGAUGUAUGCCUUCCAGGGUAGGAUACCACUGGCCACCUUUCAUUUCCGUCGCCCACCUGCACCUGCACGCCAUCGCACCCGAGAAAGAGCUCUCUAUUAGGCCAAGGAUACUUUUCCAGCCGGGAACCAGGUGGUUUCUGACGACAAAAGAAGUGAUUGCGAAGAUCAGAAACAAGCGGAUGAUAUCUUCCUUAUGAUUCAGUUAAUGUUUACAAAACUCUAUUUGUUCCGGUCCCAUCUUCGGACUCGUGGCGCAAUGAUCACCGGCCAACAGAGAUGAAUGGAAAGGAACAGGCCACCUGCACUGCAUCACUGCACCGAUUAGGG